AUGACAGCCCUCGUUGACGCGCGCAAGAGGACCACCGUCAAUAAGUGGGCCAACGCCUACGACGACAGGACGUCAGAGUACGGAGGCUGCGACCCCGACGGCUGCAAGGCCUCCCUCACGCGCGACCAGAGCUGGCAAGACGAGUCCCGCUGGAGCUGCAGCGAGAAGCUCGAAGACGCCCAGUGCAAGAUCACGUACAAGUUCGAAGAGCCCCAAGACAUCGUGCGCAUCAAGAUCAAGUUCUACAAGGGGGACGAGCGCGUCCGGACCCUGAAGCUCAAGGGCAGCGACGGGUUCGAGAAAACCAUCACCUCUAGCGGAACUUCCAGCAAGUACGAGACGUGGGACAUCAACACCGACGAGACGAAGUGGUUGAGCAUGGAGGCGCUGAACCUCGACGACGACGAGUGGAUCAGCAUCACCGAGGUGCGGUUCAUGGUCGACUAA